GUACUCACAAAUACAACAAAUCUACUUUAUUGCUCUGUAAACCUAUAAUACCAAUUCUAUGUCCAACGUAAUUCCAUAAUUAUUGAUUAAAUUGCGCUUUGUUAUCUAAAAUAUUUAUGAUCACGAAGUGUGAAGUACUAGAGUAAAGGUUAUCUCCAACAUACUAAGUUGUUUAAUUAUUGAUUAUUUUCCUUGUUCACUCAUUAAUUAUUGGAUUAAUUUUGAAACUGGCGAAGUUCACAGGUUAUAUGCUAUGUAUUUACAUUCACCAAUUACUACAAUUACUUCAACUGAUAGUAGUAGUACGUCUACCAUCGCUACAAACAUAAAUACGACUAGUAGUUUGACAGCGACAUCUAAUCCUAUUGACCCAUCGAAAUUGGAUAUAAUGAACACAAUGAGUAAUCCAGCAUGUUGUAUACCAUCAAAUAAUAUUAUUCAACCACCUCCAAUUAUACCUAAUCAUGGAUUAACUAGUCUGCUUUCAAACGUAGCCUCAAAUCUAUCUGCACAUCAAAAUCAUCAGAACAACUUUUUAAAACCAUCUCUAGUUCCUACUGGACGAACAUCAAAUGCUCAACUGUUACAAUUGUUAAGAAAUGUUACCUCUUCUUUACCAUCAUCUACUGUUUCACACCCAAUAUCUCCAAGGAAUACAAGAAAUACACCUGUAUUAUGUGACAAUAAUCAUACCUUGUCUGAUUCCACAUCUCAAGUACCUACAAUAUCAACAGCGUCAUCGACUGCAAUCCCAGCUACGGAUUAUUUAUCUUGUAAUAAUGAUCAAACACUUACUUUGAAUUCACAAUCCAAUAGGACGUCUUCAAAUCUUUCAACUGUGAAUGGUCCCAGUCUGCUACCGGAUUUUGAGAUGUUACUCACCAAUUCAAAUCCGAAUAUGAGUGAUUUUAUUUAUUGUUUAGUUCAGUCAAUUCUAUUCAAUCAUGCAAAUACUAGACAUAAAGUUAAAUCCAAGAAAGAAACACCUCCAUUGGAUUCAGCUGCCUUACUGUCUCUUCUUUCUGGGACAGGAAAUUUAAACCCUUCUAGUUGUUCCACUGGUUCACUCACAAAUCCUUUAAAUCCUCUUAGCACCUUAUCUUCUGAGAUAGAUGGUGCCAAUUGCAAUAUUCAUUUACGUCAAGUCUUGGAGUCGUUAAUCAGUUUAUCAGUUUCUCCUGCAUUUGAUCAGUCUUCUCCCCAUAGUUUAUUGUCUAACGACAUGCUUGACAGUGGAUCAUUAAGCCAAACCUUUCAACAGUUAACUAAUUUAUCUAAUCGUAAAGCAACGACUGGAAUUCAGAAAGUGUCACCGUCUGGUCAAAUUUUAUCCAAUGAAAGUAGUAACAGUACAAAUCCUCCAGGCAACGUUUCUUUUGAUCUUCUUGCACAACUAUCUGCUGCUGCUGCGGCUGCUGCCGUAACUCCUCCGCCUUCCAAUAUUGUGAAUCAGCUUGGAAAUUUGGCAACUGAUGGAUUCAAUCCGAUCUUCCCAACUGAUGAAAAUUUAUCAUCCGCUUUGCAGAGUCUUUUGUUUAAACAAAUGUUGAAUAUUAAUACGGGAUCAAAUGCUUAUACAUCUCACCUUGGACCGGGAAGGAAUUCCGUAUCUAAUAUUUCUCAAUCUGGACAAUAUACUAGUCUAAAGGAUUGUCGAUCGAUGAGCAACGAUGAAUCUAAUUGUAGUUCGGAAAAGUUGAUUCCACCAACCUAUUCACUAGCUUCAAGUUUUUUAUCUCUUCACUCUCCAAAUAGUACUAAUAACUGUAGUAAUAACAGCAAUCCUCGUAAUUCGUUUGUCCGACCAUCUUCAAGGAUAUCACCUGAACCUAUUACAUUGGCUUCUAGCCCACCCUCUUCAUCAUCUACACCAUCUUUCAUUUGUCCUAAUCAGUCUAAUCCUCCUACUGGGGAAUUUUAUCCUCCAAAUGAAACUGUGGCAUCGUCACCUAAUUCUCUACUUUUAAAUGGCUGUACUGUUGUCGGUACAUCACCUAACACUGGUUUGAAUAUGAAUCAAACAGCUGUAAAUUUAUCGAAUGACAACCAAUCAUGGGAACCAUGUAAAGUUUGUGGAGAUAAAGCUUCAGGACGACAUUACGGUGUUGUAUCAUGUGAAGGAUGUAAAGGAUUUUUCAAACGUUCUAUUCGAGGACACGUCAGCUACGUAUGUCGCAGUGAACAAAAUUGUCUUGUAAAUAAAGCCUAUCGUAAUCGUUGCCAAUAUUGUCGGCUACAAAAAUGUUUAGCUGUUGGCAUGCGUUCAGAAGCUGUGCAAAAUGAACGUAGACCUACAAAUACAUUUGCUUUGAAUUUUUUAAACGAUAAUUCAGGUAAUUCAAAUUGUACAACUACUGGUGGCAGUAGUAAUAUGAAUAACGGCAGUUCACCUAAUCCUAGUAUAUCUACUGCAUCUGUUACUUCUACGACGACGACGACAACAACAACAACUACUACUUCUGCUAAUAAUGGUAAUAAUAAUAGUCACACUUCAACAUUUGGACCAUCAGUAUCAAACGUUCGUAAUAGUUCACCACAAUCUCAACAAAUAUCAUGUAAAAUUGAACCGAACUCAGAAGAAUUGGAAGAUGAAGACCGUAAUAAUCAUUCGGAAUUUACAACACAGAAAUCUGAGGAGGGCCAAUUAUCAUCUCAUAGUUCUCCAUCCAGUUCUUCUCGGUCAGUGCCAUCAACGUCUUCAGGAGUGACAACAAUGGGACUGUUAUCAUCAUCAUCAUCGGUGUUGGCACCAGGAGUCGUAGGAUCAAAGCAUUUAGAUGAUAAUCACUUCACAGGAACCAAUAAAAACUCUGCUUUAAGUGAUAUUUCAUCUUCAUCAUCGUCAUCUUCCUAUUCAGCUACAGUAGCCGAUGUUGAAACCAAUGAUCCCAAUAAUGCAUCCUACUUACAACAUGAUAUUAAGCCUCCUGUAAUACAAAAUUCAGUAGGAUUAAAAUUUACACCAGGUUUGUGUAGCUCACCCCAAGCUACAUCACAUUCCCUUCAGCAACCUCCUGCUGUUUGUUCAUCCACUUCAGCAUCAUCUUUCACUCGUCAACGUUCAUUAACUGCAGUGAGUAGUAGUAGUGUUGUUAAUAACAAUAGUACAGCUUAUGCUAGUGCAUUACCCGCAUAUAGUAAUGUGUUAGAAGGUUGUCAUACAACUAGUCACCUGGAUCCAGACUGUGGAAUCGCCAAUUUCAGCCGUUGUAUGAAUCGAAACACUCUUCUUAGUUCACAGCUUUUCGAUAUACCUGAUAAUAAAAGAGGUGCAACACAAGAAUCUUAUUCUCGGAGAACGACUUCUUUCUCAAACACACCAUGUUCAUCUUCAACAGCUGUGUCAAAUCAUCAGGAUCCUUUACCACUUUUUGAUGAUACAGGUGGAUUAAAUUUGAAUGAAUUAACUAAGUUAGCCUUGAAUAAUAUAAAUUCCUUGCAAUCAUCGUCAUCAAAUCAACAAGGACGAAGUUUAGCCGCGCUAUACACUUACUGGUUAGCUGCCGCAGCAGCAGCUGGAUCUUUAAAUCCUUUACAUCAUCGGCACAAUGAAAAUCAUCAUCAUCACCACCAACAACAGAAUCACUCGGUGCAUUUAUCCACUUCAAAUCAAAAUUUCAACCCACUUGAUAUGAAAACUUCACUAUCAUCAUUGAAAACAGCACAACCUUCACCUGUGACCACUACAUCAACAAUAAUUGACUCAAAUCAAAAUUCUACACCACAAUUUAGUAUGAAAACAAAUCCAAAUAGUUUGUUUGGACAACAUUGUAAUUUAGAAAAUCAGCUACUUACUAAUGGUUUAAAUCAUUCGUCUAAAUCAUCAUUAUUAUCUAGUGCAAGCAGUCAUUCAGAUGCUUUAAAUGUGUUGAUGUCGAUUAUGUUAAAUUCAUCAGAUCAUGUUGGACUCAAUAAUUUCAAUGCUUUGACGGAUGCAGUUAAUUCAACCACAGCACAUUUACAAAAAACAUCAAUCAAUCAUCAUUCUCACCAGCAACAUCCCUUUAUGCUUCAACAUCAUUCUCAUCAGCAUCAAUUACAGAUGGGUUCUUCAAAUUCUCACCACUCAUCCACUUCACCGAGUACACUUGAAAUACCUGUUCCUUCCACGUCAUCUUCAUGCUUAUCAGCUUCGCUAUUUGGUCUCAAUAACACUAUAUCAACUAUGAAUAAUAAUAAUAAUACCAAUAAUAAUGGUAAUGAUAAUAAUAGUACCAUGCAUCCUGUUGUUAACAAUAAUUCGCCAUUCAUACCAGCACCUCCACCAAUCAAGUCAACAAAUUUAAUACAACUAUUGUGCAAACGUACUUCAAAUAGUCAGACAAGUACUUUAAUGGAUACUGACGAUAAAUCUAAGAGUGGUUCUUGCGGUAGUAUGGUUGCUACUACUGCUAAUGUUAGAGGAAGACGAAGUAGUAAUAGUAGCACUGCUAACAAUAUGGAAGAGAAUACACACGAGUCUGGUGAACUACUCAAUAGUUAUCGAGAUGUAAGCAGUCAUUUACUACCGAAAAAGUUUGAGCUUACUUCAUCAUCCGAUGUAACAGCAUUACGAUCAGAAAAUGAAUUAUUAAAUCCAUCUCCGAAGAAAGAGGAAACAAAUUGGUCAAGAAGUCGUAAACGCAAAAUGCAUUAUUCGUUUCCUUCCGAUGUUAAUAACAAUGCCAGAUCAAUCCGUCGACGAACACAAAGUAGUAAUUCAUUGCAACCUGACACAAAUAAUUCUAUUGGAUUAACUGGUACGCGAGAAACAUGUGAAGAUGAUGAUGAAAGUCGGCUAAUGGAAUGUGUUUCUGAAUGUACCAAAUCUCCAGAUGAUUCUAGACCUAAUAGUCCUUUGGUCGGGCCAGUUUUAUUGAAUUCAAUGUUUGAUUUAAAUGCACACGUUUUCAAAGCGUAUCAAGAUAAUAAUAAUAACAAUCGAUCUCUUAGUAUAUCAAGUGAAUUAGCUUCACGGGUUCUGUUUCUUACUGUGGAUUGGUUACGUCGUUUUGAUGGUUUGAAGCGUCUACCAAUUGGAGUUCAACGUGAUUUAGUGGCUAUUUCCUGGUCUGACCUUUUUGUGCUUGGAUUAUGUCAAGCAGCUGACCAAAUUAAUCGUUCUCAGAAUCAUAGGCCAAAUCAAGAAACAAACGACUCGCAACCAACAAAUAGCUUAUGUGCACAAAACGACAUUAAUUCUACAAGAGUUAGGCAAAUCUCAGUAGAACAACAAACAAAUUCUCCUUGCAAUAUUGCACCAACUAGUUCAUUUAAAUCCAAUAGUUUUGAUUCAUCAUCAUCUUCACAUAUUUCACCUAUCAAAGAACCAAUGGAUACUUCAUACUUAAAGACAAAUUCUUCAUCAUCUUCGGCUGUGAUAGAACUAGUGGAACAGCUGAUGAAACAAUUCUCAGGAGCUGAAGUUGACACACAUGAAUAUACUUAUCUUAGAUGUAUGGUUAUACUUAGCUCCGGUAGGUAAAAUGAUAUUAUUUAUUUUAAUGUUACAUUGUUUUUUUUUUACAUAUUCUAUUACCAUUAAAUAAAGUUGAGUUAGUUAUUAUUACGUCAUAUUCAUUUAAAAUAAUAUCUAUUGUUAAACGGUAGGUAAAAUAGUAUAAUUUUUCUUUAGCAAUGAUUCAAAGGAAAUCAUUUUUUUUCUUUACAUGAAAUUUUACAUUAGUUCUCAUUGAGCUGAAUGUCGAGAACUAACUACUGAUUAAUUAUUGAUUCAUAUAUUGAUAUAAGACUACAUUAAUUAAUUUUGGGAAUUAUUUUCUUUUAGUUCAUAUAUAUCUAUUGAUUAUCAAUAUUAUUUAUAGACUUUCUUGAUCUUAACUUCAGUUUGUAAAAGUUCUAAUCAGUAUAGGAUUACAUUUUAGAUAUUAUUAUACUGUCAUAUUCAUUAGUUUAUUGGAUAUAAAUUUACCUAUCCAUGAUAAUUUCAAACUAAUCUUAUUCAACAAUAGGAAUUUAUAGACAUUGUACAACUUUUAAUAAAUUCUUGUUUUACUAAUUUUUCAAGGUCGUUUAUGCAUCAAUGCAAGAGAUGCCAGCCUAGCUAAACAAAUUACUGAUAUGGAAUCACGUGUAUUAAGCGAAUUUUCUGAAUUCUUGUCUACACGUGCAGCAUCCUCUACAACUACUGGUACUGGUUCUCUUUCAUCGAAAAGAACAAAACCUAUUAUUAAAAGAGUUCUUAUAUUGACACAGUUAUUAUCUACACUACGCUACUUAGAUCCAAAAGAUUUAGAAGAAGCAUUUUUCUCAAAUUUACUUGGUUCUGUAUCGAUUGCUCAGAUCCUCCCAUACUUACUAGAAUCAAAUGACCUAUUUACUCAAAGUCAAUUAGUAAUGAAUUCAUGCCUGCCGGAUAAUUCUCUGGAUUACAAGCCCGGUUUAAAUCAUGUCAAACCUCCUAACAAACAAGCUUCGAGGUCUGGUUUGGAAGAUAGUGUGACAAAUUUCACCGGGGAUUCUCUCCCUAAUAAUAUGACGGAGAAAAUUGAUAAUUCUUCCUCUUCGUUGUUACUCCGCCCUGACCAGACGUCUCCACAGAGUAGAUCAGCUUCUUGUGAGAUUACAGUCACAAACAUUGAACUAAACAGUCAAAACACAGAACCAGUAAAUAGUAUAUCAUUUGCGAACGACGAAACUAAUGACUUAGCCUAGGAAUCAGUGUUAGGAUACAUAAUAUUUAAUCAUAGAUGAAAUAGUUUCCCUCCUAUAACGUCUUUCUUAUCAAACCGCAUCAAAUUUGAAAGGACUGAGAAGAUAAAGCGCCUUCUUGCUUUCAGCGCCAUUCCGUUCAAAAGAUUACUGCUUAUUAAGUUCUAUGCUGAAAACAAAUAUUUGAAGUGGUUUUACAUGACAAAAAUAGAUAAUUAUAAUACUUAACAAAAUAUGAACUAGCGAUUAUUUGUGCCAGUAUAAAAAGGGUGGUUUCAACGUUUAUCUUCUUCUCAAGAUCUUUUCAUUCAGUAAUUAUAAAAAGACGAAAUUUGUACAUUUUUCUAAAUUCUUCGUUUACAGACAGAAUGAGGGUUGUAGUUACUAAUUUACACUUUCCAGUUUAUACACAUUAUACAUUCAGUCUUUGAUGAUAUACAGCUACCUCAUCUCUCUGUACACCAGGUUUAAUACGUAUUCGUUAUUCUUGUUUCAUGUUGUUGAUGAUACAAAACAUUUAAAUUGGAAGAUCCUCUUAAUCAUUCCUAUAAUUUACCUAUAUAUAUAUACUCACCUAUAAAUAUGUAUACAUGAGCCUACUUUUUACAGCUUUUAAUUUUUUGUCCCGUUUAAUGAUUUCAGAUUAUUUAUAUCGUAAACAAACAUCAUAAAUUUGGCAAAGCUUUUUUAUUAUCUAUACAUUUGUUGUCUUGCUUAAAUAACUUUACUAUCUAUUGAUAAUGAUUUAAACUGUUAUGAUUUCAAACUACUGAUAUGAUUUCUAUUCACUCGACUAUUGUGUAUUAAUUGAGAGUAAAGACAAUAAUACUAAUUGUUAUUGACGGACAAAGAGCGCCAUCUCUUGAUUUUGUGAUUUGAAUCUAACUCAACUAAUUUAUUUAUGGGUGAACAAAUAUUACAUAAGUACACUAGUGAGUGGAUCAGGAACUCGGGGUACUCUUAUACUUCGGUUGCUUUCACCUUUUACUAUUUUCUUUGCCUAUGAAAAUCCAUAAUGUAUUUAACUAUUGUUGUGUGAUAUCUUGAAUAUGGAAUUAACAUUUUACUUCUCUUUCUAUCUUGUUUUUGUUUUGUGCCUGUACUCCAAAUGUAGAUGUGUUAAUAACCGUGAUUUAAAUAUUAAAAUAAUAUUGUAAGUCUA